AUGUUGACUGAUGAAAAUGAAAAAAGACAGAACACUGUGCGAAACGUUUUGUGUUCAAUUGACGAAGAUCUGCUCACGGACUUCAUUCGCUACGACUUGAGCGGUCUGACUAAUCUGUGCUCUCUUUUCUCUCACCAAUGAAGUCGAAGAAAAACGAGAAGAGCGCUUUUACAUGAGAACCGUGCAGAGAGCAAGAAUAUGGAGACAGACCACAGUUUUUCGAGCUUCGAAUAGGAAGUUACUGACUGGAAAUAUCAACAAAAUUUUCUCGCAAUCAAAUCUUCAAGCUUCACCGGUUUUUCAGUUGGUUUAAUGCAUUUGCGUAAAAGUAUUUCUACAAAGAUUUUCUUCCGAACGACACGUCUCAAUCGGAAAAAGAGGAAAAGGUGCAAACCUGCGAAGAAAACUUCAUUGGAGGGCUAUUGGGACAACAAACAGUUGUAACGGCGGGGCCGCCUGCGGACAAAUCGCCGUCGAUGAUGAAGCGGCUGUUGUGAUCCGUCAAGUAUGCGCGACCGACACCGUCAGCGACGCCAGCGCGACAAAUUGCGACCGCAGAAAUGUUGGCGAGUGUUGAGAGCUUCUUCCUCACAAUACUAGUAGGGAAUCUAAAGUCUGGUGCAAAAACAAGAAAAUAGAUUGAAAAAAGUGCUAAUUACUGGAUGUUUUUGGAAAAUUUUUCCAAUGCGGUUCGCAAUGAUCCUUCAAAAGUCGAUACCUCAAACACGAAUGUUUGGUUUUCUCGAGACAAGAUUCUUAUCGUUUUUCAGACCUGUUCUUUAAAUGAAAGGUCUGGUAUAUUUAAUAAGAGCAACGUCCGCUAGAAACUAAUUAGUGCAUUAGGAGGAGAACGCGGCGAGCAAAAAGGUCUUAUCAGUCAUAAUCUACAAAAGAGGAACUUAUUCGAGCCUUUGGAUCUGAGGUGUGUGAAACGGAAGAGUAGAAAGAAAAUACCGCAAAAAGUCUGAAGAAAGUUCUUUAAACUUGUUCCAAAAUGUUGACCAAAAGAAAUUGUAAUACGAAUUGAGUACAAAAAAAGGUAGUUCAGGACUAUAUGUGAGAUAUUAUCUACCUGAAAAACCAAAUUUGUAUAUGUAUUAGUUCCUUACAAGAAGAUCAUUUUAGGGCUGUUAUUAUUUCAUGUACAAAAUGAGGCGAGCGAUAGUAAAAAAAACUGUUUUUUUAGAUAACUGAAAAGUCACUCGCAUCGACACUUUACAAGAAAAUACUUCACGCCUUCUUAUUAAAAUAGAAAGUUUUGCACGUCGAAGAUUUCAUUAAUUUUGAUUUACAGAAAAUUCGAAAGUUUCCUGCACAAUAACAGUUUCGAUUGAGUUGAAGAAUCUCAAGUAAAGGGUAGAUAAAAGAGAUGGAAUCGCAAGUUGAGGGAAAACAGUUGGCUGCGACCGAGCGACAGAAACUAGCGAUAGCGAUCGCGAGUUCGUCAUAAGGAGUUUGGAAAUGGAAAGGAUUGGCGGAAGUGGUCGGAUGAGGCUAAUUGGCGGUUCUGAGGAACGUGGGAAGGCCUGCCGGCGAGCUGAAAGACGAGCCUAUCUGAGGACGACGAUCGUCGGUCGCCUUGUCGCAAACUGUCGCCUACACACCGUGUCGUCAAACUUUCCGAGUGAAAGAUCGCUUCGGGGCGAUUGCGUUCGGCGCUGAGACGAAGACAAAUCGCCGCCUCGGCAUUUCGUCUUCCUCAAAAAUGCAGUCAGGACGUCGGAACGAGGGCUUCGUGGUGGCCGAAAAAUUGCACAGAAAUACUGUAGAUGUAAGCUCAAUAUAUUUAUUUGAGAAAAAAAUUGGAAUCAAAAAAAGAAAUUUUUUAAAAAUUAUAAUUUAUAGUUAUAUGUUAUGUCAGUAUGCCGAUAUUGUAAACUUUGAAAUGUGUUUUGAAGAUGAAACGCAGAAAAAAAUUAUGAUUAUAAAAAAACAGGGAAAAAAACCACAUUUCUAGCAAAAGCGCUAUUGGCAGCGGAGCUCCACAGAAUUUUUUUCCUUAUUUUUUUAAAUUUUCAUUUUUUUUUCUCGAAUAGUAAUUGUGAUAUGCAAUAUAUAAUGAAUUAUAGUCUGAGAAUUCUAGAAAGAGUCUUAAAUUAGCUGUUGUUUAAAGCAAAGAAAUAUAAACGAAAAUGAACUGUUUUUGAAAGGAGAAUUAAUAUUUUGACAAGUUUUCUGCGAAUGAGUGGCAAAUCAUAUUUACGGCGAUUGUGUUUUUUACUUUGCAAAAUAAAUCGCGACACAAUUAAGCAAUCGCCAGGAAGGAAAAUGAAAAAUAACCAAAAAAGGCGUUUCUGUAAUUUGUGGAAUAAAGAUAUCCGAUUAUGGGGCUGGUCGCGGUUGUUUUUGGGAGCGCUGGAAAAUAUUUAUCGUUUUCCACGGGUAAACGGAAUUGAAGAUUGAAACGGCAAACUUUCGCACGCUUAUCGAGGAAACCUCCAGAAUUAUUCACAGUUUAUUGGGUCCGUUCAGGACGAUUCAAUAUUAUUCGAUUCUUCUCUUGACACACCUCAGGAUUUUUAAAUAUUGAAAAAGGCAUUAGAAACAUAAAUCUCCUAAGCAUUUGUUUUGAGGCCUUGGCGCCUUUCAGAAUCUCGUUUGUUGAAUAACUUAUGCAACACAAACAGGAGGGACAAUGGCUGUUUGCCGAUCCUUCGCACCGUAAUCCGAGGCAGCGGCAAUUAUUAUGUCAGUAUCGUGAGAUCCGCUUGAGGGAAGAUAUCGGAGUCGGACUUCCGGCCGAUCUUCUUUGA